GUUGGGGCUCUUAGUCCUGGAUGAGUUUAAGUUGGGGAAGAAGAGAGACAGGGGUGGGGGUGGAUAAACUUUGCCUGGAUCUGCCUGCAGGAAGUUGGCUUUUUUAGUAGCUGGGUGCCGAAGGAGACCUGGUGCGCGGCGUGGGAAGCCAGGGGCUAACUUACGGGAAUGUAAAAGUUCCUUUGCCAGGGAUGCUGCGGAAGCUUAGCCAGUGUCAGUGUUUCCUGAAGCAUUUGGGCUUCUCCUUCAUUCGGAGGCAGAAAGGGAAAACAGUCUUCGGUGAGCGGUGGUUGAGCAGCUGAGAACCCAUCCCCGUUUCCCAUGCAGCCAGAGCAGCCCAGCGCACCGUGCAUUUCAUUUUAAACCUGUAGACGUCGCGGAGCGGUUAGAUACGCGUGCAGUUUCGUGGGGUGCCGCGGUGGGAGCCUCCCUUAGGUUUUCAGUGGAGCUGCCCGCAUUUCCAGAAAACAUGUUGAGGCUCACAGCUGGGCUCUCAGAGGAGCGCGGGGAGCAGGCGGGGAGCUGUACAAUCGCACUGUAACGCUGCAACUUGCCGCCAGGGAAGGAGGCAGCACCCCUUCGCCACAUAAGAAGUCACGGAUUAGAACCGGAUCUCCUCUCCUCCUCCCUGAAGUUAUGCUUUCCCUCUGUGAGUUCCACCCGGCGUCAUCAUCUAAGGGCAUCUAUCUGAUAUUCAAAGGUGGUACAUGCCAGAGCCCUGCUCUCCCAGCCCUGGUCCGUCCACCAGCCCCUCCUUUGCAACCAUCGCUGGAUAUUAAACCCUUCCUUCCUUUUCCUCUUGACACUGCAGCAGCAGUCAACCUCUUCCCCAAUUUUAAUGCGAUGGACCCGAUUCAGAAAGCUGUAAUAAAUCAUACAUUCGGGGUUCCUCUUCCUCAUCGAAGAAAGCAAAUCAUAUCAUGCAACAUUUGCCAGUUGAGAUUUAAUUCUGAUAGCCAGGCUGCGGCCCACUACAAAGGCACGAAACAUGCCAAGAAGCUCAAAGCACUGGAAGCCAUGAAAAAUAAGCAGAAAUCUGUCACUGCCAAGGACAGCGCAAAGACUACCUUCACCUCCAUCACUACCAAUACCAUCAACACCAGCUCUGACAAAACAGACAGUACCACAGGGACACCAGCAAUAUCAACGACGACAACUGUGGAAAUUCCCAAAAACAGUGUUAUGACAACUGAGAUAACCUCUAAAGUGGAAAAAGGCCCCACAACCGCCAGUGGCAAUAGCUCAUGUCCUUCUACGGAGACCGAGGAAGAAAAGGCAAAACGGCUCCUUUACUGUUCGCUAUGCAAGGUUGCUGUCAACUCUGCCUCACAGCUGGAGGCGCACAACAGUGGUACAAAGCACAAAACCAUGCUAGAAGCCCGGAAUGGAAGCGGGACUAUCAAAGCCUUUCCCAGGGCAGGUGUGAAAGGCAAAGGACCAGUUAAUAAGGGAAACACAGGCCUGCAAAACAAAACGUUUCACUGUGAAAUCUGUGAUGUGCACGUCAACUCGGAAACACAACUUAAACAGCACAUUAGCAGUAGAAGGCACAAAGACAGAGCUGCUGGGAAGCCCCCGAAACCCAAAUACAGUCCUUACAACAAACUACAGAAGGCGGCACAUCCACUGGGGGUAAAAUUAGUAUUUUCAAAAGAACCGUCAAAGCCAUUGGCUCCACGAAUUCUACCCAACCCGCUGGCAGCUGCUGCAGCCGCUGCUGCUGUGGCGGUGAAUUCCCCCUUCAGUCUCCGAACUGCCCCAGCAGCAACACUGUUCCAGACUUCUGCACUCCCACCUGCGCUCCUGCGGCCCGCCCCAGGGCCCAUUCGGACCGCCCACACUCCUGUACUGUUUGCUCCUUACUGAAUUCCACAAGGGAGUCAUUGUACUGCAAUAAUUUUUCAAAAAACAGAACACAAAACAAACAAAAGAGAACUAUGCAGUGUUUAUUUAUCGUUUAAAGUCUAUCUGAAGAGCCAGGACUUUUGAUAGUGAAUUGAAAAGAUUAUUAACAAAAAAAUGAGGGAGGUUUUGGGGGUGGGAAGGGAGGGGUGGUAUUUUCUCCAAAUUCAAGCAUUCCUCUUGAACACCGGUUAUUUUAGAACUGAUCUCCAGCAUUGACUUGUGGUGGUAUCUAGAACUUAUGAAGCCCAUGUGACUGUGCUUUUGGGCACCUGUUUCCCUCUGCAUUGUCUUUCCUGCUUUAUGAAACAACUAUAUAUUGUUUAAGGGCAUUAACUGGUUCCAAUGUAUAUAUAACAAUUUACUCUAUAGAUUAAAAUAAUACAAAAAAGAAAACAAAAGAAAAAAACAAAAGCAACACUGUGAAUAGUAGUACCCGUGCUGGUUCUCUUGCUAUGACAGCAAUUAGUGGGCAUUUAUCCCAACAAACUAGAUACAGUAGAUGUCUUGUAAAACAAUAGUGCUGUGUCUCAAUCUAUGCCACUAGGUUUUAAAGAAUUGCAAACGAUAGAACGAAUAACUAUUUCAUGCCAGUAAGCAGUCAAAAAAUAAACAAACACCCGAUGGUGUUUGUGGAGGUCUCCCUAGUCCGCAUUCUUCCCCUUCUGUCCAGCGCAGAUAUGACUUUAAGUUCAGAACAAUAGAACAGAGCCAAGCAGAGAGGUGGGAAGAGAUAUCAGUAAAGAUUAUUUCUUACAAAGUACCAUUUUCCCACCCUGAAGCAGUAUCGCUGGAAAUAGAGAAGUGUUUAUAAUGAAGCUAUAUCUGAAAACAGGUAAAACCAUGCAUCAUGGGAGUUUAAAAAGAAAUCAGUACAACUCUUCUGCUUCAUGGAUAAGGGACAAUCAUAACGUAGGAUGAUAAUGCAAAGUAACAAUUUUCCAAUGAAAAACAAACAAACAGAAUAUUGUACCUCUGCAAUAUCUCUUUAUAUCAUACCAGUAGGGUUGUCUCUUAGGCAAAGAUUUCUGCUUCGAAUGUGAUGGUAGACAUUAGCUAUUGUUGUGGGGUUUAUGUUUUUGUUUCCUAGCUUUCCUACUGACAUGAUAUAAACAAUUAAUAUAUAUUUAAAUGUUAGUAAAACAAGAAAAGUGAAUUGGAGUUUAUUGCAGAUCAAGGAUAUAAUGUUAAACAAAAUACUGGUAAGAUGCACUUGGCCAUCAUUUCUCUAGUGGAGUUGUAAAAUGCCGACAGCCUUUGAGAUUCACCGUAAGGCUGAAAGGAGUUGAUGUUUUACCUUUAAAACAAGAUUUAUCAGGGGUAUAUAUAAAUAUAUGUAUAUUGUAUAUAUGUUAGAAAGAUUAAGAGAAUAACUUAUAAAAAGAAAAUCUAUAUAAAGUAAAUAUAUAACCAUCCCAUGUUACAUGUUAUCAUUAAGUUGGUAACAAAUGGCUGUGCCUUUAAUUUGUGAUAAAGGCUAUUUGCUUUUUCCCAUAGAAAGCUAACAUAUACCUAUCACUCUGAUGGGGUUUGAUGCAGCCAGUCUGUUGCAUUAAUAAGAACAAUGGCAGUCAAUCUUAGAUCAAUGAUUUAAAAAAAUGUACAAAUCAACCCUACAUGAUUUAAGUUUAAAGAAAAAAAUAUUUUUGAAAAGGUUUUGUAAAGACUAUUUAAAAACAUAGGGAAGGGCUAGGUAUGGCCUUCCUGAAACUGCUCUUAUCUAAACUGUAGUAGCCUUUUGAGAGGUAUAAAGAUUCAAGAUGAAACCAUUUGAGAGAGAGGUAUUUAGCAUUCGUCAUUUUAUAUUUAAGAAACACCCAUAGCGUGCUUGGUGCUCAACAUUAAACAUGGUCUUUGGAGUUCCUGUCUACCAUCUAGCUAUAGACAUUUGUCAUAUAAACAUAUCAUUAAAGCAGUUGGCUUUUUAUAUCUUUUGUUAAACAAACCAAAAAGGAAAGGAAAAAGUAAAGAAGGUAGAAGGGCAGGCAGGAAGGAAACUAUUUCAUCAGUCUUUGCUAAAAAAUAAAAAAUUUAAACUUUAUACAUUCUGGUUAAACAUGGUGGUUAGCACUUAAAUUAGUAUUUGAGAAUAUCUGGUGAUUUUUUUUUUUUUUUGCAUUUACCAAUAUCUCUCCUCUUCAGUCUUAGCAGGUGUGUGUUUGUUUCACCCACAAACUCUGACGUACAUCAGGUGGAGAGCUCCUCGUGGUUUUGUUGUUUGGGAUUCUGUCUGUAUCUCGUGCGACCAUCUUCUCACCAUUUGAACUUUAGUUUCCUUUUUCUGCUUUGUCAAGUAUUUUGGUUUUUCACUAUAAGUCAGCUUGAAUUCUUACCCAACCACCUACACCUGAGAAAGCCUCUCUUUCUGUUGGAGGACUUGGUGUGCAUCGAUGCAAUCUGGCUACAACGUGCUUUAGCUGUUCCUCCCCGUUUCAUCAUAGCGAAGGAGCCAGUCCACGAGAAGUCAGGGCCUGUUGCAAGAGUCCUGGAUCACAAGGUGUUACUAAGUGUAAUGAUUUGCUGGGAACGAACAAAUCAGCCAUAUUUUCUCCAUCAGCCAUAUGAGAAAACUCAGAAAUACGUAAAUCCCUUCUGCCUCACUUCGCUAUGGAACCAUUUUUUGUUUAAAUGGUCUCUUACAUUGGCGUUGUAAUCAUCAGUUGUCUUUUACUCACUACCUAAUAAAGGAUGAAGCCUAACCUUAGAGCUCAAA